CUUCCCCAACCUCUCUGUUUUGACAGAUCCCAGAAGAGAGCUGCGUCACCCCCUUCAAAAAGACCAACGCUUGCUUCCCUUCUUCCUUCCCCUUGAUUCUUAACACUUUCUUGUUAAGGAAUCGCGACGGGCAACGCGCUUACUAUGGAGCCUGCUUCUUUUCCAGCCCCUCCAACUGGAUUGGAACAUGGAACGGGCUGAGCACCGAGACUCCGUCUCCGACGUCAACACUUGCUGUCGUCCGUCAACUUUGUUGUCGUUGCCUUGAUUGAGGAUAUCGUGGUCAUGGUCAGCUUCACUUUUGAGAAAGAUAUCCAUUCAACUUAAAGAACAGCCAGUCGAGACUUCCUUCACUGAUUGCCACCCGCAUCCGGAUUUGUCAGCCAUUAGGUGAGGGGGUGAUAACCUCCAAAUUUAAGACAGCGAUGGCAUCAUCACUUUUCCUCACAUAAACCUCAUCCCCAAAUUUGAUACCUGCAUUUUUUACAAAACACCUGUGAUUGUCCACUCACCACCAACAAAAUGACAGCCUUCGACAUCAAAAUCGUCUCCGACGCCAUAUGCCCAUGGUGUUAUCUAGGCAAAAAGCGCCUCGAACGCGCCAUCAACCUCUACAAAGCCUCCGUUCCCAACGCCAGCUCCGACACGUUCAAAAUCCACUGGCACCCCUUCUACCUCGACCCUUCCCUCCCCAAAACCUCGGUUGACCGCGAUGAGCACCUCCUCAAGAAAUUCGGCGAUCCCAACCGCCUGGCCAUGUCCACCAUGAUGCUCAAGCGCUUCGGCGAAGCCGAGGGCAUCAACUUCUCGUUCAAGGCCAGGAUCGGAAACACCCGUGACGCCCACCGGCUGGUUCAGCUGGCAAAGACAAAGUCGAACGAGCUCGAAAACAGUGUUAUCUCUGCGCUUUUCAAGCUGCAUUUCGAGGAAGAUGGAGACAUCACUUCCCAUGACGUUCUGAUCGCCGCCGGCGAGAAGGGAGGGCUGGUCAAGGCUGAGGUCGAAUCCUGGCUCGAUGAGGGCAGGGGCGGACCCGAAGUCGACAAGGAGGUUGAGGAGGCGUACCGGGAUGGAGUGUCCGGAGUGCCGAAUUUCACCAUCAAUGGAAAGUACAGAGUGGAAGGCGCCCAAGAUCCCGAGAAGUUGGUGGAGGUUCUGAAGAGGAUAAAGGCUUCUGCUCCUGCUGUCAGCGCUUCUUCCGAAGGAGUAAGCUGCUAGUUUGAACGUACCCCUGCCGAUCAUCCCGCAUAGAACCUCUCUU